CUUCCGGUUGGUGUGGACACGUCACUCUAUCAACUGAGGAAGAGGUCGCCGAUUGAUUAAUUUCGGACAAAUUACACCGUAAAACCAUGUCGAAUUCAGUCAUCUCGGUUAUUUCUCGGUUUCUGGAGGAGUAUACCACCACGACGCCCAACAAGCUGAAGGUGGUGGACGCAUAUUUGUUGUACAUCUUACUGACAGGAGCCCUGCAGUUUCUCUACUGUCUGCUGGUCGGCACCUUCCCCUUCAAUAGCUUUCUGUCCGGCUUCAUCUCAUGCGUGGGGUCAUUUAUUCUUGCAGUGUGCCUGCGUAUCCAGAUCAACCCACAGAACAAAGGAGAGUUCCUGUCGGUCUCUCCUGAAAGGGCCUUUGCUGACUUUCUAUUUGCUCACACUGUCCUCCACCUGGUUGUGAUGAACUUCAUUGGUUAAAAACGACGUGCAUUCACCCUCCAGUGUCCCCUCCUCUCAGAAGAUACAGACAAGAUAGGAUACCAAAAGCCCCUUGAAGCCAUCUGUUUGGGCUACUGACACAGCAAUUCACAUCCCACCACCGACUCAAAAGCAGCGUCUUGUCACACAUGAUGUCAUUAAAUUUUCUUACAGAAAAUGGUUGAUUUUCUUUCAUUUUUCUAUGUUAAAAAUUUGUAAAGCAUUCCCUUUUGCACUGAGACAAAUAAAUACAAAUGGCCAAAAAUGGA